AUGCCUACAGAGCUAGAAGAGCUCGUCGAGUUCCUCCAUCAUGGCAACACCCAGAUUCGAGGCAUCGCGGCUGAGAAUCUUGUUCCCUACUCAACUGCACAGCCUUCGCUCUUCAAGCGCAACCAGUUCGAGCCGGUCAAAGAUCUCAAGCUGUUGCUGAAGGACUAUCAACCCAUAGCCAAAUAUGCACUCACGAUCCUUAUCAACAUCUCAGAGGAUGGCGAGGUCCGCGGGACCCUCGUCGAUGACGAUGUGUUUCUGGAAGCUCUGCUGCGACGGAUGACCGAUUCAACGGAGCCAAAUGCAGACGAACAGUGCAUGCUGCUUGCAAACCUGGCUAAAGCUCCAUCAAUCACCAAGAUUCUAAGUCUCAAGCGUGACAUCCCCCAACCGCUCUCAACUUCACCUUUAGCUGUCGAUCAACUCCUCGACUGCUUUGUCAAGGGCGCGUCGGGAAGCUAUAACAAACACGCCAACUAUGACUACCUCUCCUAUCUCUUCGCAGAUCUCGCCAAACAUCCCGAAGGCCAAAGGCACUUCCUAACGCCCGACUCAGAGUCCAUUAUACCCUUGUCUAAGCUGAUAGUCUUUACCGAACACGCAUCCACAAUCCGACGCCGGGGUGUAGCCAACACCAUCAAGAACGUUGCUUUCUCCAUCGAAGAUCACGACCGUCUACUUGUUAACUCGGCAGAAGGGAUCGCACUCUUGCCCUACCUUCUCCUGCCCUUGAUGGGAAGCGAGGAGUACGACGACGAAGACACGGAGGGCAUGCUCGAUGAAUGCCAGCUUCUGCCUCCCGACAAGGAACGGGAGAAGCAAGCCGACAUCAUCGGCACGCAUCUGGAAACGUUGCUGCUGCUGACGACAACUAAGAACGGCAGGCGGAGGCUGAGAGAUGUGAAAGUGUACCCAAUCGUUCGCGAACUGCAUAUGCAUGUUGACGAUGAGAGUGUGCAGGAGGGGUGUGAUCGGUUGGUGCAGGUAUUGAUGCGAGGGGAGGAGGAUGACGCCGCUGAU